AUCAAAAUGGUGUACUAGUUGAAAUUAAUGAAGAGGAUGUUGAAGAUGAAGAAGAGCUUGAGUUGGACUCAGAAAGCGAUGAGGAAUGCGAUGAUGUAUAUGAUAGUGAUACUAAUUAGAAUUAGGAUGCGAGGCAACGGUCGCAGGGGAGGUUUGUUGGGUCAUUCACAGUCAAGGCAGUUACCUGUGCAGGAUGAGCCCAAUGAUCAACUAGACCAAUCUACACAGGGUCAGCCUCAGGUUCCUUCACGAUCCACUGGGAGGUCGACACCAGAUCCGGAGGGGUCUACUGCUUCAACACAGCAUCGAGCUACACCUCCACCUCCACCGCCACCACCUAUUACCCCAUCUUCUGAGCCUGCAAUUGGAUCAACCUCUGGUCAUGAAGGUCAUUCAGUUGGGGCAGCACCAAUAUCAUCAAUGGAUGGCCUAUCACUCACUACAUUUGGAAGAAAGAAACGAAUAAAGCUCAUUAAUGGCACGUUACAUCCAUCUGAGGAAUGUGCUAAGAAGAUGAAGAAUAUCUUCAAGGAGAGGAUGGACCCAGAGGGGCACUGUUGGAAAACUAUCACGCCUGAAACAAAAGAGUUUUACUGGGAUGAAUUUCAGAAAUACUUUGAUUGGCAAGAGGUGACUCCACUGGUAAAGGAAGCUUGGAGGCGUAAGGCUGCAGAGGGCUACAAGGCGCUAAUGUGCAAUGUCAGGAAAGGAAAAUCCAAGAUCAUCGUGCCUAAUAGUACAAUGCAAAAAUGGAAGGAGGCAUGGAGUAGCCUAGAGUUUAAAGCCAAGAGCCAUCAGUUCACUGCUAACCGCUGUAGUGAGAUAGGGGGAGUUGGGGCAGGCAUCUCUAGACACACAGGGGGUUUAGUUUCACAUGCUACUCACGCAGAUAGAAUGGAAGCCAAGCUUGGCCGAAGACCUUUUCCUUAUGAACUUUUCCUUAAGACCCACACUAGGAAAGGCACCUCCGAUAUGGUUGAUUCACGAGCGCAAUCAAUUAAGGAUCAAUUUUUAGCGCUUAAGGAGCAGUCAUCUCAACCACAAGAGGGGUGCAGUGACCCUCCUAUUGUAGAUGAGGUCGCACUAUAUUAUCAAGUUGUAGGGGGGGAGAAGAAGAACAGGUUGGAGGCAAUGGAGGAAGAGAUUCAACAAUUGCAUCAGACUGUUGCAACACUCAAGGAUAGUUUGGUUGCAAUGGAGGAGAGAGACCGACAACGCGAGUUGAUGCUAGAGGAGAGAUAUAGACAACGUGAGCAGACACUGGAGGAGCGCAUGCAACAAAUGAUGCAAAACAUGAUGGCACAAAUGAUGCAGGGUACGCAGUUUACAGCCCCAACUCCAGAUGCGACUCAUCAGGAUGAUGGUAGAGAGGCUGAUAGUGGUGAUGAGUGA